GCAUAUUACACGGGCUAGUUGGUUCUCCCGGGUCUUCGCGUUAACUCAUGUCUGUUUGUUUACCGUAAAAUACCACCGCCGUCUGUCUUUAGGUUACCGUUAGACCUCCUCGUAUACCUUGUGUUUGUUGUGUGUUUUAUACCCGCGAGUGAGAACUCGCUUAUCGGCAUGUACCGGAAGCGACAACACACAAAAAAGUGACGUGGUUUUUGUUUUUCCGUAUACAGUCUUACCGAGCCGAGGAAAUAUAGCCAAAGAUUAAUCAUGCGUACCAGAUGGAAGGAGGUGCUAUUGGUAGCAGCGAUGAUGGUCUUCAACUCAAGUCUGUCCACCACUACGUCAUGCGAAGACUUACAGUCAGAGUUCCGGUACCCUUGUGCUUGUGAGGAACUGAGACAGAUCGGUGGUCUAGCGUUAAACUGCGAUGGUGUGGUCUAUCCAGGCGAUCACGUGAAUUUACCGAAGGAUGCGCCAGUCUUGGUGUUCACCCAGAGAAAUGCUGGUCACCAUUCUGUGCCCACACAUCUAUUUCCGUCUACGGUCAAACUAGACUUGUCACAAAAUUCUAUAAGAAGAUUGUCCGAAAAGUCAUUUAAUACCAUACAGAAUGCAGUUGAAGAUCUGAGGUUAGCCGGUAACUUAUUAGGGGACACCUUAAAUCCAAUAUUUUCUACUACGGAAUUUCAUGGAUUAUCGAAGCUAAUACGAUUGGAUCUCAGCGAAAACAGGAUAUCCUCCUUGGAGGAAGGCAUAUUAAAGGGUUGUGUACAUUUAGAGGAACUGAAGUUGGACGGAAACCGUUUAGCAUUUAUACCCAGCACGUCAUUGAAUGGCCCCGAAACACUACGGACUUUAUCUUUAAAAAAUAACAGAAUUGAUAGUAUUCAACAAGGCUCUUUUCUGUCACAAAAAUCUUUAAUAAAGAUAGACUUAUCGUCAAACAGAGUAAACAACAUUGAAAUAGGAGCAUUUGAAGGUUUAUCGGUGUUGAAACAGCUUUUGUUAUCAGAGAAUCGACUGUCAAAAUUUAACAGUGAUGUUUUUUAUGGUGCGGAAAAGCUGGACAAAUUAGACAUUUCAAACAAUUUUAUUGUUGAAUUUCCAUCGCUUGCUUUAAAAAAAUUUGAUAAUUUAAAAAUAUUAAAUUUAUCUUCAAAUUUAAUACAAAAAUUGGAGAAUUCGCAAUUAACGUCAUUAGAAGUCUUAGACGUUAGUAGAAAUAAUAUUGGGAACAUUUCACCGGGAACUUUUACGAGCUUAAAGAAAUUAAAAAUCUUAAACUUGGCUGUAAACAUGUUAAGAACUGUUGAAGAUGAUGCUUUUGAAGGUUUAACAAAUCUUGAAUCGUUGUCUUUGGAAGAUAAUAACAUCUUAUUGAUACCCGCAACUGCCCUCAGUAAAUUACCGCGUUUGAGCAAAUUACGUCUGGAUUACAAUAGAAUUGCAGCACUUUCUUCGAAUAUUCUUCGAGGGUUGUCAGAAAUCUUAAUUGAACUAGGUUUGAGUAGGAACGUCAUCAGAGAAAUACCGCCAGAUGUAUUUCAAGAUUUUAAACUCUUAAAAGUUCUUGAUUUAUCGGGAAAUUUACUACUGUCUGUAGAACCGUCGACGUUCUCUGGUUUAGAAGACACUCUGGAACAUUUGAAUCUUCAAGGUAACAGAAUUGCCUCGCUUUCAUCGGAGCCAAUCAAUCUUCAAAAGUUGAAAACUCUCGAUUUAUCAUACAAUCAACUAAAAGAAAUACCUAGACAUACAUUUACUGUGAUGUCUUCGUUGUCAAGUUUAAACUUGAGCCACAAUCCUCAUUUAGCUUUGAUACCUGUUAGCGUAUUCCACCCAUUGACACAACUGCAAAAACUCGAUAUCAGUUUUACUAGCAUAAAAGUCUUGAGUCCCGAAUUGUUUUUCAAGACUUCGUCACUUACUCACCUUUACAUACAAAAUAACGGUAUCACUGAGUUGCCAGAAACCAUGUUCCAAAGUUUGACUAACCUUGUUACAUUAGAUUUAUCGGAAAAUCAAAUAUCAAACAUACGUAUUGGUUCAUUUAUGGGCCUCUCUUCUAUUAGAUAUGUAAAUUUGUCUAAAAAUAAAUUGUCUUCAUUCAAAGGAGAAUAUUUUAUUACAAAACGAAGCAAUGGAACUCCACUGGAAGAGAUCGAUAUGUCUAAUAAUCAAAUUAGUUAUUUGUUCCCGUCUACGUUCAAAGUACAUCCCAAUAUAAAAAUUAUCAAAGUAUCAAAUAACAAGUUCAACUUUUUCCCCUCAGAGCUUAUUGCUGGUCUGGCAAAAUUGCAAGAAGUAGAUCUAAGCAAAAAUAGUCUGAAAACACUAGAAGAAUUUGAUUUUGCUGGUUUGCCACAAUUGAGAAAAUUAAAUUUGGCGAAUAACCAAAUAGACACUAUAAGCGAGACGACGUUUCAUAAUUCUACCCAAUUGCAAAACAUUAAAUUGGCCAACAAUAAUUUGGAACGAAUCGGUGAGAGAACUUUUCAAGGAUUGAAUAGAUUACAAUACUUGGAUUUGGAAAAUAAUAAUUUGACAGAAUUGCCCGAUUUAAUUUUCGACCGAACCCGUUUAAAAGUUCUCGAGAACAUUAACUUGGCAAAGAAUAGGUUUACGAUAGCACCGUUGAAAAGUUUGCAGAAACAAUAUUUCUUUUUGUCAUCCGUAGACUUGUCUUCGAAUCAACUGACCGAGUUGCAGACCGACGACAGCAUAUUAGUGAACAUUAAAAAACUCGACUUGUCGUUUAACCAUCUAUCUGAAGCGACCAUUAAAAACAUACUCAGUGAACCCAAAACGGUACGGGAAUUGAAUUUGGCAGGCACCGGUAUCACGACAUUAUCGCCCUUGGAAACACCUUUUCUACAAAAACUGAAUCUAUCCUAUAACCGGAUAAACGAAGUGGACGAACACAUGUUUGACCGAUCGACACUGAUCGAGGAACUUGAUUUGUCGCACAACGAAUUGCAAAGCAUGACGUCCCUGAGGGCCGUUUGGCCGAAGUUGAAUCAAGUGCAGCUGGUCGACGUUUCUUCGAACCCGAUAUCGAACCUAGUCGUGGGCGACUUUGACAAGCUGGAAUCGUUGCGGUCGUUGAGGAUCAACGAUCUGCUGGAAUGCGACAAGAUCGAGAAGAACGCGUUCAGAAAUCUCGGCAACCUGGUCGAACUAAAAAUGUACGAGUUCCCGAAACUGGGUUACCUGGACGUCACUGGCUUGUUGAACUACCUGCAGUCGUUGGAGGCGCUCGAGAUCGAAGUGAAAGACUCGUCCAUCGGCAGUCAGCUGUCGGCCGCCAUGAACCCCAGGCUCAAGUCGUUGACCAUACGCGGACAGCGGAUCACGUCCAUAUCGUCGGGCGCUUUGGCCGGCCUCAAGUACAGGCAGGUGCACAUCCGAAUCCAAAACACGUCUCUGACCGGUCUGCCGCCGUCGCUGCUGAUCGCGUUGCCCCGGUCGUCGGUCAUCCAACUGGACGUGUUCGACAACCAACUGGCCACACUCACGUCCCAGUUCCUGGCCGCCCUGGACGACCGCCGGAGCUCGUUGAAGCUGAACGGCCUUCGAGCCAAUCCCAUCUAUUGCGACUGCAACGUCAGGGCGCUGAGGCGGUCACCGCUCGCGUUGGACUUGGUGUGCUCCGCUCCAGCGUUCGUGGCCGGCAGCCUGCUGAUCGAGAUACCGGACGACGACCUGACCUGUGACGUCAGCCGGCAGACCACUACCACGACGACGACGACGUCGACAACCGCCGCGACCACGACCGCGGCCGCGGCCGGCCCCGUCGUCGUCAAAGCGCCCAAACCGCGGACGACCACCGAGCCGGACAUCAUAUGGUCGCUGCCGCCGGCCACCGCCAGUCCACCGCACCAGCAGCAGAAGUCGCCGGCCAUCGCCAAGUCGCCCAACCCGGCCGCAGCAGCGGCCAUCACCAACGACGACACGCUGAUCAUCGGCAUCGUGGCCGGCGUCGUGGUGUUCAUCGCCAUACUGGUGAUCAUCAUAUGCAUCGUCCGCAUACGGCUGUCGACCGCCGAGUACAACUCGCACAUGAACGCCCUGCCGCCCGUGCUGGGCGCCCCGAUGCACUGCACCAAUCAGGCGUGCCCGUGCCCCAAGGCCAACGGCCAGAACGUCCUGUACCCCAUGUCGGCGGCCGCGUCCUACAGCAACAGUUACGCCACGCUGCCCGCGCACAAGCUGUCGUCCGUGUCGUCGCCACUGCGGCAGUCGUACAACGCGCUGAAAGUGCCCGCGCCGUACACUCAAAACCCGUACUACAUACCGUACGGAGGCGGCGGCGACGAGAAGGACUACGCGAUGAGCAUGCGAUAGCCGCGCGCUGUUUCAGUGGCGUCCGGCGACAGUGGCGUCGAUCGUCUCGCCGGUGGAUUCGACCGCAGAUGACGUUCAAUCGGCAUUAUCAUAUGAAUAUUAGCAGAUUUGUUACGAUGCGCCACUGCUGCAGGGACAGACGGGUAGGAUAGAUGAGGAACACUUCGACCGGACAUUGUAAAUAUGACGAGACGGUGCAAAUCAUCAGUAUUAUUAUUUAAUAUAUAUAUACUUAGAUAUAAGUGGUAUGAUAUUUAGGUAUCGUUAUCGUUUUAUACCCAUUAUUAUGACACAAACAGCGAGAAUCAAAAACACCACUGUUGUACAAAAUAUAAUUAUAAAAACAGUUUCCUCAUAUAUUACGCGUAAUUGUAUCUGUCUUGCCAUUGUAUAUAUUAACAUAUUAUUAUAUAGGUACUAUAUUAUAUAAUAUUUAUAUUGUUUUUUUUUUUUUAUAUCAGCUGAACUCCCCCGAGCAGGUACUAUAUAUGUGGUUGGUAAAUGGUAGGUACAAUAAUUGUAUCUCAAAACAACCGCAAUCGUUUAUGACAGACUUAUAAGCUGUACAUAUACUUCUAUAAUGUACUAGUUUUAUUUACAUAUACAUACAAAACUUUAGUUUGUAGAGUAAAUAUUAUGUUAUGUUUUUUUUUUUUUUGUUAAAAUUGUACACUUAUUUUUUUAGUUAGUCUAGUUGAUACGACGACUACGUCUAGUUUUUACGAUACCUAGUUAAAACUUUUUAUCGGGAUGCAACUAUAUACUGUACAGUUUUAAAAUUAUAAUUUUAUAGGUAAGCAUCUACCUACGUACGUUGUCCAAUUGUACAAUCCAUAAAUAAAGAAAUAAUAUGUGUACAGAAUAUUUUUUUUUUGACGACAAAAUGUUUUAUACUGCGAUCGCGAUGACAACGCGAGGACUGGUUGUGGAGUAGGUAAAUGGUAAAUGAAU